UUUGUCAACACAACUGACGGCAAAAUCAAAGGCGAUACUCAAGCCGUGUAUGUGUUAGCCCUGGCCUUCGAGCUCUUACCCCAAAACCUGAGACCACUUGCGGUCAACCAUUUGGUCGACAAUAUUAAGGCCCACGACUAUCACUACACCAAUGGGUUUAUCAGUGUGGGUUUUGUGAAUGAGGUUCUGGUAAAAUAUGGGCACCGGGAUGUUGCAUAUCGCUUGCUAUUACAAGAGUCAUUUCCCUCGUGGGGGUAUGAAAUAGCACAUAACGCGACCGCAAUGUGGGAGCACUGGGACACCUGGACUGAGGACAAGGGGUUUAUGGACCCCGCGAUGAAUUCAUUCAAUCACUUCAGUCUGGGAUCUAUAGGCCGAUGGAUCUACCAAUACGUGGCCGGUAUAGACACCGAUAACCAAAUGGUUGGCUUUAAAAGCAUUAAAAUACAGCCCAACCCCGGGAAUGGUGUCUCGUUUGUGAAGUCCUCUUAUAAGUCAAUCAAUGGGUUCAUUGAGAACUCGUGGCAAACAAUAGGCAAUCAAUUCGUGUUG